GGAUCUGGGGCUUUUGGGAGUGCAGGGAGAGAUUCGUUGUUGUGCGUAUGGUCUGAUAUCAAGCGACAACUGAAAACGUCCUUUGGAGGUGUCCAUCAGUGUCCUGCUCCUUUGUACUGCCCUGGGGAGAGGAAUGAGGCCAGUCAUGGAUUCAUGGAUCAGGCUGCCCAGAGAGGUUGUGUGGUCCUUGGUCUGGGAGGUCUUCUAGACCUAGGUGGCAUAAAGCGCGUAACCACAGGGGUGACCCUCAUUUGGAUCACCAAAUGAGGGCAGGAAGGUGGACUGGGGACCUCUGGCGGUCUCUUUCCACCUGACUUAUGGUGAUCAUGGUGACCCCAGUGGGAACUGGCUGCAGAAGAAGGGGAGCCCAGCUCCCCAGGCUCCAGGAGUGGCCCCAGUGUUGGGUACAGUGGCCAUGCUGUGUUCCUCUGUGGUCAUUCCCUUUGCCAGUUCUAUCUCCACACUCUUACAAGGACUGCAGAGUUGAGAAUUAUUGCCUGGUUCUCCCAGGAGUGGGUGAUGGGCCUCCCUGCAGUGCAGCUCCUGGAAUGACCCUGUGGUUCAUAACCCCUGUUCCCAGAAAAUCCCCCCCACUUUACAUGGCUUGGCUCCCGGACACUCAGGCAUGCUCUUACCCUGCCAAACAAAGAGCCUGCUGGGUCCUGGGGAUGCCACGAUGGCACUACACAAAACCCAAUCACACCUCUGCACGUAGGGAGCUCAGCCAUGUCACGCUUUCCUCUGCUGUGGUUGGUUUCCUACAGAUUCUCUCUCUGGUGUCCCAGUGUUAUGCAGACCAGCACAGGCGCCCAGGGCUUUGCAUCCCACUUCUUGGGGAGAAGGGCCCCUGGUUACCCUGCCUGGGGGCUUGUUUGGCCCAUCUCCAGGGGUGGUUUGCUGUGCAGUUGUGUGUGUGUUGUGGCAGCAGCCCUGCUCUGCUUCAGCUGUAUCUUGUACUCAUCCUUUCUCUGCCUAGGUCCGUGCCCUGGAUGUGGUCCCCAUUUAUAGAACUCGUGCCUUCUCUGUGGCUCCAUUAGUAGAGCUGUCUGACAUCUCCAAACAACUCUGGCUGUCUGAGCUGCUGCUGAGCCUCUUCACGGGUAGUGUUUGCUUAUUUGCAGGUCCUUGAGGGAAUCGAAUGUGUUGGACUUGUGGUAGUCCCAGGGGAGCCAUGUCCACGUGUGUCCGCAAUGCUUCCCCACUGACAGGCUGAACAGCACCGACUGCAGCUGGAGAUGGUUCAGCCACUGCCUGUGGGGAGGAUGCUGGCUCUGAGGCCUGGGUAGGAGCCAGGCCAUGAGGGCCGUGCUGGGGCUGGCACCUCCCUCCUGCCCUCCGUAGCCUGACAGCAGCCGGCUGCCACCCUGGCGGGCCACCAUGGAGCGGCCCAUGCGUGUGCACCUCCACCUCCUGGGCUUCUUUGGGCGGAAGCCACAGGCUGUCGGAGGGGAGACGUCACCAGAGCAGGAGGCAGAGCCGGCAGAACCUGAGGAGAUGUGCAUCGCGCUGCCCCUGGGCGAGGACGGGGAGCUGGUGGAGUGUCCCCUGUGCCUGCUGCCCCAGCCGCCCGAGGCCUUUCCCACCCUGGCCUCCUGCGAGCACCGCUCCUGCCGGGCCUGCCUGGAGCAGUACCUGCGCAUCGCCGUCAGCGAGAGCCGUGUGCAGGUGGCCUGCCCGCACUGCCCGGCCGCGCUGCAGCCUGACGACGUCCACCGCCUCCUGGCUGAGCCCUCCCUCCGUGACAAGUACGAGGAGUUCCUCCUGCGGCGGCUGCUAGCGGCUGAUCCCAGCACCCGCUGGUGUCCUGCACCCAACUGCAGCUACGCUGUCAUUGCCUAUGGCUGUGCCGAGUGUCCCCGCCUCACCUGCGGGCGCGAGGGCUGUGGCACCGAGUUCUGCUACCACUGCCGGCAGCCCUGGCACCCCGAUGGCCCUUGUGUGCCAGCACUGCCAGCCCCUGGCCUGGCCAACACAGCACAGCCAGUCCACGUGGAGGACUCGACCCAUGCUGAGGCUGAGAACAUCAAGGUCUGUCCCCGCUGCAGUGCCUUCAUCAUGAAGAUCAAUGAUGGGAGCUGCAACCGCAUGAACUGCACAGUGUGUGGCUGCCUCUUCUGCUGGCUCUGCCUGCAGGAGAUCUCUGAUGUGCACUUCCUGAGCCCCUCUGGCUGCACCUUCUGGGGGAAGAGGCCUUGGUCGAGGACCCGAAAGAUCCUGUGGCAGCUGGGCAUGGUGCUGGGGGCACCCAUGGUGAUCUCCCUCGUCGCAGGCAUCGCUGUCCCUGUCAUUACCAUCGGGAUCCCUGUCUACAUGGGUAGGAAGGUGCUGGGCCAGAGCCGGAGGAGCAGCCUGUCAGGGUGCCAGCAGUGCCUCUCUGUCACCAGCAGUGUCCUUCUGUCUCUGUUUGUGUCUCCCAUCAUAACAGCUGUCACUGUGGGAGUCGGCGUGCCCCUCAUGCUCACCUAUGUCUAUGGGGUGGUGGUGCUGUCACUGUGUCGGAGCCGCUGGGGCUGUGGCCGCAGCCCGCCCGGGGACCUCGGUGUGGUGGAGCUGGAGAACCUGACCAAGCAAGUGAAUGAGCUGCGGUCAGUGCUGCCCAGCCCCAGGCCCGUUGAGGAUGGAGUCCCAGACACAACCAUCUCUGUCCCCAGCAGCAGCCGUAGCCCACGCCAUGGGACGGUGUGGCAGGAGCAGGACAGCCAGUCAGCCAGCACGGUGGCCCUCACAGGGAACAUGCUGACUGAAGGCGUGGACAUGUCCAAUAGGGAAGGUAUCAGCAUCGAGGUGGAGGUGUCCAUCGAAGCAGUGCCACAUCCUGCCCGGCAGCAGAGUCUGUGCAGUGCCCCAUCAGGGCAGAGCCUCUCUGGGGACUCCCUUGGAUGCACCAGCGACAGGUCCAGCACUGUGGGCAUCCCCACGGAGUGAGGGGGGAGAUCCCCGAUCCACAGAACCCCCCCUGCCCCUUGCACAAACAUCCUGUGCCCUCCUGGGGCAGAGCUGGUCACUCUCUGCGCAGCACCACCAGCCCCAUGCUGGAUGGGCUCUGACUGUGCUUGGUGCUCCCUGUGCCCAGCCACAUCCACCCGUUCCCUGAAGGCAGCCCUGAGCAUUGGCACAGCUGGGAAAUAAAAGCUACUCUCUGA